AUGUGGAGCGCUUACGACAAGAAAGUACUCCUUGUCACAGGGGGUACAGGGUUUCUGGGGACAACCCUCCUCUACCGCUUGCUCACUGAAGCAUCUCCGGCUCAAGUCUACGUUCUCUGUCGCGGCGGCCGCAAGAGAGCAUUGGAACGGUGGCUCGAGCACUUACCAGUGACAAUCUUUCAGCCAGUUUUUCAGGCGGCAAACUCGAUAGCUGUUCUGGACGGGGAUAUUACUCAGCCCCGAAUGGGUCUUUCAGAGUCAGAGUGGAAGAAACUCGAAGAAUCAGUGCACAUCGUUGUCCAUGCAGCAUCAUCGAUCAAUCUUUUGAGUAGGCUUCCGGCAAUGUCAAAGUCAAUCAUCAUCCCCACCGUAUCACUGGCAGAGUUAGCACUUGAUUUUGUGAGUCUCGAGCGCUUCGUCUAUAUUUCAACCGCGUAUUCCAACUCGCAUCUCUGGAAGCCACAAGCCCCGGCUGCAGACGUGGUUGUGAGAGAGAGAAUCCACCCUCUCGGUGGGGACACGGAGGACUGGGCUCAAUCCGCUCUGAAGGCAUGGGAGGAAAUCCAAACUAGGGCCAGCAGCACUGAGUAUGAGUCGCAAGACCUUUUCCCCUGGGCCUAUGGGUAUGCCAAGCAUCUCACAGAACGCCUGUUGGUCCAUCGCUUUUCCGAAGCAGGCGCCUCAGAUAAAUUGCUCAUCAUCCGACCGUCGAUCAUGGGCCCUGCGUGCGAAUUUCCUUUCCCCGGGUUCUGCGUGCCAUCAUCAACCCCAUUCAUCACCGUGACAGCUAUGAUUAUCCCCGAUCCUGGACGCGAGAUCGUCUUCAAUUCUCGGCUCAAGGAUCCUUACCACGAAGCCACAUUGGAUGAGGUUCCCAUUGAUGUGGUUGCCGACCGCCUGUGGGCUCAUCUGGCUUUGGGCACCACGGAAUUUGUGCAUGCUGUUAGUGGGAAAGCCCACCGAUGGCACUGCAAGGACUGGUGGUCGGUCACCAUGAAGGAGCGAGUGCUGCCCGGGAAGCCCGGAAUGGUUUUUGAGGACUUAGAUUGGCAAUCACCGAGGCUGCAUCCGGCUGCUCGCCUGGGAGGUGUCAUCGGGACGUCGUUCGAUUUCGUCGAGGAUAAGAGCCGACUCCUCGCAGAGUUGCUGAAUACGCAAGAUCAUCGGCUCCGGCUCUUCACCAAGCCACGGGCUUUCUCUUUCGGCGCGGCACGCGACUACAUGCGCGCGCUGGUGCGGGCCAAAUCAGAGCGUAAGGCGCCGUCAAAAUUGCGAGCCAAUCUAUAG